UGCUACUACGCAUGCGCCAAACUUGGUGUUCAUAUUUCUUGUGCGCGCGCCCGCAUUCAAGUUGGGUGACUUGUUUUAUUAAGGGACAAUGCCGACCUACAAAGUUCAUGUGAAAUGGGGAAAGGAAAAAUUCAAUGACAUUGAAUGUGAUGCUGAUGAGACCCCUAUCCAGUUCAAAGCUCAGCUGUUUGCCCUCACCGGUGUACAACCAAGUCGGCAGAAAGUACUAACAAAAGGAGUUAUCCUCAAGGAUGAAGACUGGGGAAAUGUGAAACUGAAAGAUGGGAUUACGUUUUUGAUGAUGGGGUCUGCUGAUGCCUUGCCUGCUGAACCAACAGAGAAGACCGUAUUUCUUGAAGACAUGAAUGAACAGGAACUGGCUACAGCACUGGAACUUCCUCCAGGAUUAUCAAAUCUUGGUAACACUUGUUAUAUGAACGCCACAUUACAAUGUCUUCGUGCUAUUCCAGAACUUAAGGAGUGCCUGAAGAGUCAUCCUCGGAACAGGAACACCACUCCUGCGGGUUCAAUAACUCGAGCAAUGCAAGACCUGUUCAACCUGAUGAAUUUAGAAUCAACUGCUAUUUCACCAUUAUUUUUCCUGAAUGUCUUGCAAAUGACUUUUCCGAGAUUUGCUGAAAAGGGCGAGCAAGGUCUUUUCAUGCAACAGGAUGCAAAUGAGUGUUGGACUGAAGUAGUACGAUGCCUGCAACAAAGUUUAACACACAGUAUGGUUGACCAGCCGAGUGAGGCCAGUGAAGAAUCUGUGGCGAGUUCUUCCAAAAAGUUUAUUGAUUUGUUUAUGGGUGGUGAAUUUGAAGUAGUAAUGAAAUGUAGUGAAAUGACAGAUGAAGAUGUUUCAAAAUCAGUUGAGAAAUUUUAUCAGCUCAGUUGUUUCAUUGAAAAAGAGGUCAGGUAUAUGCAAGCAGGAUUAAAAUCUGGUCUUGAAGAAACCAUCACAAAAUUUUCACCAUCUUUAGGCAGAGAUGCACAAUACACCAAAUCAAGUAAAAUCAGUCGACUACCUGGCUAUUUAUCAAUCCAAUUUGUUAGGUUUUUCUACAAAGAAAAGGAAUCAAUCAAUGCAAAAAUUCUCAAGGAUGUCAAAUUCCCAUUAAACCUUGAUGUCUAUGAUUUAUGUACUGAAGAAUUACAGAAAAAAUUGGUUCCAACCCGUGAUAAAUAUAAAAUAAUGGAAGAUAGAAAAGCAGAAGAACAGAGCAAGGCGAAAUAUGACAAAGAAUACGCUAAAACUCUUGAAGCAAGGAAGUUAAAAACGGAAGCAUAUUCUUUCUCUGGAGACGAAGGUUCUAACAACAGUGGCUUCUAUGAACUGAAGGCUGUACUAACACACAAAGGUCGUUCAAGUUCCAGUGGACAUUAUGUAGCUUGGAUUCGGAAGAAGGGUGAUGAAUGGAUUAUGUUUGAUGAUGACAAAGUAUCUCCAAUUUUAUCUGAAGACAUUUUGAAAUUAUCUGGUGGUGGUGAUUGGCAUUGUGCCUAUGUGCUUCUGUAUGGUCCACGACCAUUGCAACUGGAAGAGAUGUAGGUGGCCAACAUGUAUGUCUGCAAGCAGGCGGGCAGAAGGCUUCUACAAUAUUAAGAAUUGCUUAUUCAAUUUCAUUUAAAGGAAAUACAGUUCCUGUUUUAUUUUUUAUUUUUUUUUCAAAAAACUUUUUUUUUGUGUCUCUCAAAGUUAUGAGCCUCAAGACCUAUGGCACAACAGGAUCAUUUAUGAAAUCUAACAGCUACAAGAUGACCACCACCAGCAACAACAACAACAACACAUUAAAUAAAACCAAGAAAAAAUACCAUAGCAAGCAAACAAAAGCUUUAAGCACAAAUUUUGCAACAUUUUUUUUUGUGGUUAAUAAUUAAUGUUGAAUGUUUUUGUACAUUCUCUGGCGUUCAGUCUAUUUGGUGGAUUGUAAUUGUCUUGUAAUUAAAA